AUGCUGGUCCACCGGCUCAGCUUGCUCCUCGUCGUCGCGCUGGUCGGGCUGGUGACUUGUGCCGAGGACUACUACAAUGUCUUGGGAGUGGGCAAAGAUGCCUCGGAUCGCGAGUUGAAGUCGGCCUACCGGAAACUCUCCAAGAGACAUCAUCCUGACAAGAACCCCAACGACAAGGAGUCGCACGACAAGUUCGUCGAGGUCGCCGACGCCUACAACGUCCUGAGCGACUCGGAGUUGCGCCAAGUCUACGACCGCUACGGCCACGACGGCGUCAAGUCGCACCGGCAAGGCGGCGGGGGCGGGGCCGACCAGCAGGAUCCCUUCGACCUCUUCAGCCGCUUCUUCGGCGGCCACGGCCACUUCUCGUCGCGCGAGCCGCGCGGGCACAACGUCGAGGUGCGCGUCGAGGUGACGCUGCGCGAAUUCUACAUGGGCAUCGCCACCGAGUUCCGCUGGGACAAGCAGCACAUCUGCGAGACGUGCGGCGGCUCCGGCAGCGCCGACGGCCAUGUCGACACGUGCGAGACGUGCGCCGGCCGCGGCGUGCGCAUCGUCAAGCAGCAGCUGGCCCCGGGAAUGUUCCAGCAGAUGCAGAUGCGCUGCGACGCGUGCGGCGGCCGCGGGAAGACUGUCCGCACCAAAUGCCCUGCGUGCCAGGGCGCGCGUGUCGAGCGCAAGUCGACGCCCGUCAGCCUCAACGUCGGCCGCGGCGUGGCGCGCGAUGCCCGUGUCGUCUUCGAGAACGAGGCCGACCAGAGCCCCGACUGGGUGGCUGGCGACCUGCUCGUCACGCUCGUUGAAAAGACCCCCUCGCUCGACAACAACCCGGACGGCGUCGACGGCGUCUUCUUCCGCCGCAAGGGCGACGAUCUGUACUGGACAGAGGUGCUGUCUCUGCGCGAGGCUUGGAUGGGCGACUGGUCGCGCAACCUGACGCACCUCGACGCCCGCGUCGUCCGCCUCGGCCGGCCGCGCGGCCAAGUUGUGCACCCGGGCCACGUCGAGACGGUCGCCGGCGAGGGCAUGCCGUUGUACCGCGAGGACAACGACGACGGCGGCGGCGGCGAGCUCAAGUUCGGCAACUUGUACGUCACAUACGAGGUGGUGCUGCCGGACCAGAUGGACUCGGCCAUGGAAAAGGACUUUUGGGCCCUGUGGGAAAAGUGGCGCGCGAAAAAGGGCGUCGACUUGCAAAAGGACAGCGGCCGCCCAGACCCUCCGCCGCCCUCGCCGCCACGGGACGAGUUAUGA